AUGCACUGCCUGCCGACAGGUGAGGUUCGCACAACAAUAGCACAAGGCGACCCUGACGAGUUCUCAGCUGGGCGCAAGCGGUACUACGGGAACUCUUGGCGAUGGGCGGAAAAGUGCAGUCAUGAGCAAGUUGACCAGAGGACAGAGAGCCCAUCAAUACAUGCACAGCCUAAACCGAUGCUCUCCAUGGCCAAGCCGUCUGUUCCCUAUGAGGAUAGCCGUGCUGAAGGGGCGCGCUCCAAGAUCUUGUGCUCUAUAUCGGACGACGAAUAUCUCGACGCGCGGCCCCACAAUUUGUUUGCCACAAUCAGUGCGCUCCUUAAGCUCCCUGUUUCAUCUACGACGCAUCUCGGCGGACAUUUGCGCAAGUGGAACCUCGAUAGCCAUGUGCCUCCACUGCGCCUUAUUAGCGUCGUCUGGCACUUUGCCGGCAUCUCUGAGACAAGAAUUUCAUCGGCAUGCUGGCGUAUCAAGCUGCUCGGCGUGGUUGUCGGGUACCACCACAUCGAAUUGUCUUUGCUUCUUCGUUCAAGCCCAUAUGUUCAGUCGCUUCUAGUGAUGUGCGGGCCGGGCCUCAAAGCCUCCAAGCCCGCCAAGCCCGGCCCAAAAAGCCUGGCCCGAGUCAAGCCUGGCAGCGGGCUCAAGGCCGGGCUCGGAGCGUAG